AUGGAGCUUGCAACUGUGAAAUCUGAACUGAGCCCAAGAAACCAUAGAUUGCUCAUGAUAGAUGGUAGUGAGGUUAUUGCUACUAAGUGUGUCAAAAGGAGGCGAAGAGAUUCGUCUAUGGCAGUGUUAGAUGGCAAUGAACAACAAGGUGAAAAGUUAGAAGAACAUAAGCAACUUGGUACUGCCACCACAGUGAAGAGAAGUUCAAGGAUAAAUAGAGAAAGUGACCUUUUGGUUAAAUUUAUGCUCAAAACAGGAGCUUAUAAUGAUGAAGAAGCCGCUGCUAGAGCUUAUGAUUUGGCUGCACUCAAGUACUGGGGAACAUCGACUUUCACAAAUUUUCCUGUAUCUGAUUAUGAGAAAGAAAUUGAGAUAAUGAAAACAGUAACUAAAGAAGAAUAUCUAGCUUCUUUGAGAAGGAGGAGCAGUGGUUUUUCUAGAGGUGUAUCAAAGUAUAGAGGAGUAGCAAGGCACCAUCACAAUGGAAGAUGGGAAGCAAGGAUUGGGAGAGUGUUUGGCAACAAGUACCUCUACCUUGGGACUUACAGUACACAAGAAGAAGCAGCUCGUGCAUAUGACAUUGCAGCAAUUGAGUACAGAGGCAUAAAUGCUGUGACAAACUUUGACCUGAGCACCUACAUCAGAUGGCUAAGACCAGGAACACAUCCUACUGCUUCUCAUGAUCAAAAGCCUAUCACAGACCCUCAGCCCCUUGCUACCUCUAACUCCAUGCAAACAAGAGGGAGCGUUGAGGUAUCCAACUCCAACAUGCAUUCAUUCUCCUCAGGUGAAUUGGACAGUACCAAGAAGCAAGACUUUUCCAGGUAUAUGAACCCUCUGAGUCCUUGCAACAAGCCUUCUUCCCCAACAGCAUUAGGACUUCUCCUAAAAUCAUCAGUGUUUAGAGAAUUGAUGCAGAGAAAUCUGAACUCCUCUUGUGAGGAGGCUGAACAAGUUGAAUUGAAACACCCACAAAAAGGCAAUGAUGGAAAUGGAGGAAUUUAUGAUAAUGACAGCACCAGUAACUCUUACUUUUUCUCUUCUAAUAUCAACAGAUUACCUAACUUGGAGUCAUCGGAAGAGAGUUCACUGCCUAUGUAUCAUGGAACUGUACAAUCCCUAUGGAAUAGUUCUUUCCACAUGUCCAACUGA